AAACUAAAGAAGAAUAAAUAAGCCGCGGAAGACCAUCACGACGACGACGAAGAAGAAAAGAAAUCGAAGAAGACCCACGGCGACGACGGAGAAUCUAUCCAGAACUCCACGUUAUCAGUGCUAGAGACCUAGUCACUCUGAAGGCUAUCAUACCGUUCAUUGAGUAGAGAUGAUGGAGAUGAUGGAUGAUCAACUGGAGGUGACGAUGUCACAGUCAGAGGAAACUGGUUCGAAGAUGGGACUAUUUGAAUUUGAGAACUUGGGGGAUUCCCAAUGUGAGCCAGUACCUUCCACAAGUGGAGCUCUGUGCAAAAGGACACGCAUGAAAUACGGCUUGGUAAAAAGAGUGGAGGUUUCAUUGUUCAGGCUCCCCGAUUAUAAGAUCAGCGCUCUCCGACCACCCACGCCUCAGCAGUUUUAUAGCGAAGAUGACUCUCAAAGCAGUUCGGAUACUGAUGCAAAGUUCGGAGAAUCCAGCGAUUCGGACCGUCCGUCAGGAAAGAAAUCAAAAGCUAAAAAGAAAAAAAAAGUUAACAAUAUUGAACACACGCCAAUCAUUGAUUCAUCAGCGUUUGCCUACGUGCCUCAAGAAACGACUAAGACACGCCCAGAUCUGCCUGAGGAGGAAAUCACCGUUGGUUUGAAUGUACUGGCCAGGAAGAAGAAUUUAAUGUGGCAACGGGGGCAAGUUGUGGAGGUUGUUACCAAAGAGGAUGGACGAUUGAAGUACAAGGUCACGUUUGAAGAAAAGGGAAGGAGCCUGGUGUCGGGGCACCACAUCGCUUUCGAAGCCACACCCAAGCUGGAGCAGGUGUAUGUUGGAGCGCGGGUGGUGGUCAACUGUCAAGACGACUCUGUUCAGUACCGAGCUGGUAUCUUGGCCGAGCUCCCCAGCAGAAAGAACCGCCUUAGGUUUUUGGUGUUUCUGGAUAACCACAGGCCCAUUUACGUUGGCUUAACAUUGUUUUACAUGGUGGCCAGACCAUUACCCGACCCCACAGACGACAUUCAAGACGACGUUCACAAACGUUUUAUGAAGCAGUACAUAAUAGACUGGCCUUACCCUCAUUUAACUCAGUACAAGCCCGGUCAACACGCCUCAGUGGAGUUUAACGGAGUCCAGCAAAGGUGCAAGGUGGACAUGGUCGACUGCAGCUUGAUCAUGGUGGUCUCUGAGUGUAAUCAGCACAAAGAGUGGAUUCACCGUGGCUCCUUACGGCUGUCACAUAUGCCAAGGUUUUUGGAACUGAGGAGAAGAGAAGCUGAAGCAGCUGUACAGUAAUUUGGUCCGGGAUGAUUUCUUUGGGAAUUUUUUGGCCAUAAUUGGCUUCUUUUUGUAUGCUUUGGUUAGAUCCAGCCAAUUGUACAACUGUGUUUGAAUUACUGGUUUGGAUGAAUAUCUAAGAUUUCAAUGUGAACUUGUUUUUCUCCAUUGUUUAGUCCUUUAGGUACGGUGAACGAGAAGUGUCAAUCGAACUUCAAAGUGCAAACGCUUUGCAAAAAGAAGCAUGAAUGCAACUUGGGCCAAAGCACGAUUGUAAUUAGCACCAUCAUUAACCCCAAUUGCCCGGAACAUGAACCACAAUUGAAAGCAACACGAACCCCACUUGUCCGCAACACGACCCACAAAUGGAUCGCAACAGAACUGCAAAAAGCCACAGCACGAACCCUAAUUGUCCGCAACACGAACCCCGCUCGCCCGCAACGUGGACCCCAAUUGCCCGCAGCAAGAACCACAAAUGGAUCGCAAUGCGAACCACAAAUGGAUCGUAACACGAAUGCCAGAGGCCCGCAACAGAACUGCAAAAAGCCACAACAGAAACCGUAAUUACGCGCAACACGAAGUCCAAUCCCUCGCAACGCGGACCCCAAUUGCCCGGAACGCGAACCGUAAAUGGGUCGUACCACGAAUGCCAAAAGGCCGCAACAGAACCACAAAAAGCCACAACAUGAACCCUACUUGGCCGCAACGCGGACCCCAAUUGCCUGCAACGCAGACCCCAAUUGGAUCGCACCACGAACCGCACAUGGAUCGCAACGCGAACCGCAAAUGUGUCGUAACACAAAUGCCAAAGGCCCGCAACAGAACUGCAAAAAGCCGCAACACGAACCCUACUUGCCCGCAACACGAACUGUACAUGGCUCGCAACAUGAACCCCACAUGGAUCGCAACGCGUUCCCCAAAUGGCCGCAACACGAACACUACUUGCCUGCAACACUAAGCCCAAUUGCCCGCAACGCAAACCGCAAAUGGAUCGUAACACGAAUGCCAAAGGACGCAACAGAACCAAAAAAAGCCGCAACACGAAACCUACUUGCCCACAAAGCGAACCGCACAUGUCUCACAACCCCACAUGGAUUGUAAGACAAAUGCCAAAGGCCCGCAACAGAACCACAAAAAGCCACAACACGAACCGUACUAGCCCGCAACACGAACCGUACUUGCCCGCAACGCAAAUCGCACAUGGCUCGCAACGUUAACCCCACAUGGAUCGCAACCCGGGCCCCAAUUGCCCGCCACGCGAACCGCAAAUGGAUCGCAACGCCAACCGCAAAAAGCCACAACACAAACCCCAAUUUUCACAACACAGCUGCAAAAAACCACAGCACGAACGCAAAAGGACAACCCAGAAGUAGACUGAAUUCCAUCAAAAUAGACAUGAAGACUACAAGUUGUCCUGCCCAGCUGCUGCUACUGUAGAGAUGUUCACAAAGUAAUAUGUACCAAAGUGACAAUUUAUGAGCGAAUUUCUGUAACUUACAUUUUCAAGCUCUGCACAUGUAGGGAUGCAACAUGAUUCUGUUGUGGAACUUCUGGUUACAUGGCAGCAGAAGGGUGGGAGUUGUAGUCCUCAUCUCUUCUCCUGUGAAAUUUAAUCCACCAAAUAUUCGGACUAUAAGGCGCACCUGACUUUUAGCCGCCACCCACCAAAAUUGAUGAAACGGCAUUUGUUCAUAGAUAAAGCCGCAGCUGUCCUCAGUGUAUUAUAGGGUAUUUACAAGUGCGGCUUAUUUGUUAUUUCAGUUUGGGUUAAUAAUAAUAGGUAACACUUUAUUUGACAGUGGUGUCAUAAGACUGUGAUAAGACUGUCAUAAUUAUGACAUGACAUUAUCAUAGGCAUUAAUGAAUGCAAAUGUCAUUAAGUGUCAUCCGCAAAAUUAUGUCACUAACUCCAUUUAUGUCCGGCUUGGAUCCAUUCAAAAUUGAGAUCAUUUGCUGGAUGACACAAAAUAAGCUUUCUUUAUCGCUCAUGGAAGUCUCGUGUAUUAAUUAUGAUGGUCUUAACGACAGUUUUAUGGCACUACUGUUGACUAAAGUGUUACCAAAUUCCAUAACUAGCAAUUGAUGAAACAACUAGAACAGUAACCGAAGGAAUAAUUGGCACAGAGCAUGAAUUUUGAUUAUUUACAUUUGUAGCGCUGCAGUGUAUGCUAGGAGGCAUGUUGGAUUACAACAAUGUUGACAGCAGGUGUCAGCAGAGGUUGAUUGUCUCCUUCAAGAGAACAGUGAUGGUCAAAUGAAGCCUCUUGAAGAAAUGAAUGGUGGUUGAUUUGAUCUUAUGACAGUCUUAUGAUGCCGCUGUCAAAUAAAGCAUUACCACUUGAUAGCUUUUGAUAAAAAUAUCUCAUAAUACAGUCAGGACAGCUGCGGCUUAUAGCCCAAAAAUUUUGGUACUUCAGGGUCGUCGUCCUACAUUCGUGCUGUGGCUUUUUGCAUUCGUGUUGCGGGCAGAUUGGGGUUCGUGUUGUGGCAAUUGGAGUUUGUGUCUUGGCUAUUUGCAUUUGUGUUGUGGCUUUUUGGAAUCGUGUUGUGAGUCAUUUGCAUUCGUGUUGCGGGCAAUGAGGGUUCAUGCCUUGGCUAUUUUUAAUCGUGCUUUGGUCAAUUUGCUUUCGUGCUUUUUUCUUUUGCAAAGCGUUUGGACUUUGCAGUUCGCCCGACACUUCUCGGCCACCAUAUUUAGGUGUUAAGAUGUAAAUUGUAUAUAUAGUCAUACACAAGCUGUGUUACAGACAACCAUUGGCAUUACAUGGAAUGUAACUGGCGAAACUCAUUAACGAUAGAGGUUAGUAAGUUGUUUUUAAAUACAGAUUCCAUUGAAGGUCAAAUCUAUAAAAUUCUCAGUUAAGCAUCUUAAAAAGUUUGUGCGCUCGUUAUCCUCGGUUAACUCAUUCACUACCAAAGACGUCUAAACAAUGAUUUUCAAUUGCUAAUCACUAAAGGACAAAAAAAGGAGGAGAAACAAACUUUUUUUUUUGUAAGUUUUGCAUUCAUUUAGCGAUCGAACACAAUUUUCCUUGGCACUUGGAAGAAGGGAUGGGUUGUAACAUGUUUGGUAGUGAAUGAGUUCAUCAUGAAAAAAAUGUAGAAAAAAAACUGGUCCAUAUUUCAAUAUAUUAUUCAAAAAAAUAACACUAGAUCACGGAUUAAAAGUUGAAAAGAAAAAAAAAAACUAAGAAAAUCUUAAAUUUUAUAGGCUCAAUGUCAAAAACAUUUGGACAGGUAGUCACAAGAGGCAAAAAGAAAAAAAUGCUAAAAGACCAAUUAACACCAUUUUCCCUUAAAAUGAUCAAUUUUCUCAGUUGAAACUUUUGUAAUCUCCAUCUAUGUUCUAUUCUGAAUAAAUUAUUGAAAUUUG